AUGACAUACACUCCGGAAAUAAAACAGAGUAAUAAACUUUUGUAUAAAUUUCAUAGAAGUAAUAAAUGGAAGAAAACUAAAUUAUUGCAUAAAAUUAAUCUGAACAGGAUUGAAAAUGAGGAUGAGAUAAACCUGAACACACUGCUUCCAGGCAGCCUAGAAGAAUUAGAUAAAGAAGGAGUAUACUGCAUAUCCGAAUGGAAGGAGAAAAAAUGGUCCGAAUUUAUGAAAUCAAUAGAAAAGGGUUUUAAGGGAUUCAUGGUUUAUUUGGAAAAGGAGAAAAACAGCUGGCUAGAAGGUAGGAAUAAACUCUGGGAAGAAUGGAAGGUAAAUAUGGAAAAGAAAUGGGAUCACUAUGACGAAAUCACCUUCAAAGAAUUAUUGUCCACUAAAGCAGAUGAUGCAUUAAAAUGGACUGACAAGGAAUGGACAGAUUGGGUAAACAAAUAUGGAAGAAUAGCAUGGACAGGAGCUUGGAAGGAAUGGGUUAAUGAGCAAGAUUUAAUUUUCAAGCAGGGUAUUGAAAGGGAUUGGAAUAAUUGGACUGAUUUCCAAGAGAAUAAAUUUGGAUCAAUCCAAUGGAAAUUUCUUGAAACUUUCGGCUGGAAAUACUGGAAGAAUCAUGCAGACCCUGAUGACCCGUUAUUUCCCAUAAAGAUGGAAAAAAUGAACAAAUGGCAAGACAGAGUUAAGAAGGAAGAAGAAGAAUGGUCAAAGUGGUUAGAAGAAAAACGAACAGAACAUAUUGAUGUAGAAUGGGAUAAGUGGGUGGAAUGGAAAAAGGAGAAUAACAAGAAGUUUAUUGAUUGGAUGGAAGCCUUCGUUGAAAAAUGGAUAAACAAUAAACAGUGGACAGUAUGGAUUGAAGAAAAGAAGGGUCCUGUUACAAUUUAG